AUUCCUACUUCCUCAACUCAAGCAAGGCCAGCUUCUCUACUUCUUUUCCCUGAGCUCUGGCUAGACUCUGAGCCCUUGUCCAGCCCAACUACAGUGUGUUAACUCCGCCCCUAUCCUGAGGCUGGGCCCCAUAGGUGGAGAGAAGUUGGUAAGAUCUUGCCCUGUUCCUGGGUCCUUUCACACUUAAGCUCAUUGGCCCUCUUACCAGGAUGCAGGAAGCCUGGGUCCUGGACGCACUCACCGUGAUCUUUGGCCUGCUUUUCAGUCUGCAAGGAGUAAGCUCCAACAAGACUAUAUACAAAUGUGAAGACAUACACUGCCCCAAAGGAUUCAGAUGUUGUGACAAUGAAUGCUGCCUAGAAAGAAAGAUCUGGAAUACUGACAAUGAACCCUUCAGGAUCCUGUUCAUCAUCUUAUUGGUCAUGCUGCCCCUCUUGUGCAUCUGUGGCCUAGUGAGGCGCUUCUGUCCCAAGUGCAGAGAACUACAGCAUGAAGUGAGAACAGCAGAUCAUCAGAGUCCUCCAGAUCCACCCUCCAUUGCUCCCCUAGAGAGCAUUUGGGUCACCUCCUUGGAUCCCCCACCACCCUACAGUCAGGUUGUUCAGAAGUCGACACCCACAGAACCACCUCCUCCCUACAGUCUCAGGCCUGAGGACUCCACUUGCCCAAUGAGAGAGACUAGCCAUGAAACCCUUUGAGCUGUCUCACACACAAACCUCUUGGAGCAAACCCAGGACACUGGAAUGCUGCCUGCCUAACCCAUCAUGCCUUUUGUUCUUUGAUUUAAUUUAUUAUUUUUAUAUUCAGUUGUCCCCUUCCCUUCUGUCAUGAGAGCUGAGCUGGAUCCAUAAUCUCUGUCCCACACUACAGGCAAGAACUGGGGAAGCCUAUAGUGGAUAUAGAAAGAUCAUUGGUAGUGGUCUGCCAAUCUAGACUGGACAGCUCACUCUGCCAUCCUCCAGAAGUGAGUCUGUUUUUAAAGACAUUGAAGACUGAACUGGUCAGACUCUCUGAGACUUCUUCCAACCAUACCUAUGCUGAGAGGAUCUCACUGCACCUCUAUAGCAAUGCAAAAACCACAGGUGCCAAGGUUCUGUCUGGCUGCUAAGUGCUGAUGGGGACCAGUUCAGAGGCUAAGGGGACACUUCAGCUUCUUCCAAUGGUGACUGACUGCCCUGAGCACCUGCUGGGAGGAUUGAGAAUCCAAGAUGUGAAGGAAAGCUUAGACCUUGUGUUUCCUGGGAUCUUGGGGGCACUAAGGAAAUGAACUGGGAAGACCCCACAAUCCUACUCUAUUCCUGUGACCUGCUUUCCUAGGAGACCAGAACUUGAUUAAUCAUGGGACUCUUAAAGAGUUACAAGCCAGAAAACAGCCUUCUAGAAGAAAGUAAGCUGGGGAGAAAGCCUGGCGAACCAUGCAUGAAUAGAUGUGUGGAGUGAGGACUAGGGAACACUUCCCUCCCUUUCCUCUCCUGGAAUCCCAGCAGGUAUUAUUAACCACCGAGUCAUCUCUCUUGUCCCCUGAGUGAUCUAUUCCCACUCAGUCACUACUGUUGGUAAGAGUAAAAGGAUGUCAGGUUUUCAGAGCUGACCUUGCACUGUCAGUUCCACCAAUAUUUAUGAAGCCACUAAUCUACUAUACCUGUUCUGGGUACCAGGAUGAAAUCGCGUGCAGGGCCACUGCCAAGGAUACAACUACAGAGAGGCCCACACAGCAAAGCUCACAAGGAUGCAGACUCCCAUCUACUGCUGCAGUGGACAUACAUGGUGGGGUGUGAAAUGAUGAUCCACAUCCACUGACCUGUGGGAGCUUCUUCUGUGAGAUACACCCACACUGAACCCACAUCCCUAAGGAUGAAGGAUCUGUCCUGCCACCCUGCACUGUGUCUGUCUUAUGGGGAGAAAAGACGAGUUUUGUAAAAUAAACUUACUUGUUACAUUUUUAUAAA